GGUCCUGCAGCAGAAAGCCAACUGAGAUCCCGCUCUGCUCUAGCCGAGGUGCCCUUGGGCCAUCACAUUCUGUUGCACAAAGAGCUUGAGAUGAGUGUUAAGGAAACAUCAAAGAAAACUGGUGCUUCUCAAAUUGUUAAGCUGGACACUGCAUUGAAAUUGGCUGAAGUAUGGGUAAAUAAUAUGAGUAAGGGUGCAGAUGAUGAAACAACAAAUGUAGAUAUAGAGAGUCGAUCUUCUAGGCUUGGUCUAGGUGCAAAAGUUUCACGCCAAUCCAAAGUUGGUCCUUCAAAUGACCCUGUUGAAAGGAAAUUGCAUGCCAAAUUAAAUGCUGAAAAAAGAAAAGCAGCCAAUAUUGCUAAAGAGUCUACCACAAUUGCAAGAGAUGUUUUAGAUGACGAUGAAGACCAUGAAGAUGUUGAAAGCAGAACUAGUGCAUUUGCCAAGAGGAAGGCAACAGUUCCUUUGACCUCAAGUAUACUGGGAAAUAAGAAGCAGAAGUGACAUCUACUAAUAUGAGUUGUUUUUACUUUUAAGUCUGUAAGUUAUAUCAUCUAUUUUGCAUUUGCCUUGUUGGCAUGUUGAUUUCAACCAAAUGUAAUACAUUGUUUUUAAUAAUAUCAUUAGGCAUUUCAUGGAACGUAGUUAUACACUUGAGUAAAAUAGAUAAAUGUAACUAGCUUAUAGCCUACCCUAUUGGCAUCUAACUUACCUUAGGAUUUACUUGUA